AUGACACCCAUGUCGUCCACUGACGCUGCUGUGCUGAAGGGGUUCUCUGCCUUGACACUGGACGCGCCUGUCCCUGCUGCUCCCGAGGCGACUGCUCUGUCUAUUGACGAGAAACUUGUCAAGCUCGCGGCCAUCACUGGCGCUCCACUGUCCGCUGACGUCGACGCUCAGCUGCGCGCGCUUUUUGCGAAGAAGGUGCACCCUAUUGCCUACGAUGGCUUCGAGCCCUCAGGCCGCGUGACGCUCGCUGCCGGUCUCUUGCGUGUCCUGAACGCCCGGCGACUUCUAGACGCUGGCUGCCACGUGCGUCUACUGGUAGCGGAUACACACGCGCUGCUCAACAAUAAGUUUGGCGGUGAUCUCAAGAAGCUCCAGAGCGUCAGUCUCUACAUGGUCGAAGUGUGGAAAGCGCUCGGUCUCGACGCUGACAAGUCGCCACGUGUCGAGGUCAUGUUGGCGUCGACAGAGACGGCGCGUCAUGCUGGUGUCUACUGGUCACAUGUGCUGGACGCCGCGGGUCGCUUUACUGUCGAGCGCGUGCAGCAGUGUGCACCCAUCAUGGGCCGCAACGACAAUGAUACCGUGCACAACACGAACCGCAUUUUGUACCCACUCAUGCAGCUCGCUGACGGCUUCUUGCUGCAGGCUGACAUCUACCAGCUCGGAGCUGAUCAGGAGCGUGGCAAUGAACUAGUGCGCGAGUACGUCGCGCAGAAGGAUCAACUGGACUCACCGGUUUUCCUCACGCACCCACUACUGCUCGGCUUGAAACAGGAUCAGUUCAAGAUGACCACUACAGACGCCGAGUCUGCCAUCUACGUGGAUGACACGGCUGCAGAGGUUAAGGCCAAGAUCAAGAAAGCGUUUUGCGUACCCGGUGAGGUGGAAGGCAACCCGGUUUUGAACUACAUGAAACAUUUGGUGUUUCCCUUUCAUGCGGAGGGGGUUACGGUAGAACGCAGUGAGAAGAACGGUGGCAAUCUCACUUUCACUACGUACGAAGAGCUAGAAACGGCUUUUGCGACCGGCGAGGUGCACCCAGCGGACCUGAAGCCGUGUUUGACCAUGUACGUUAAUGAACUGCUUGAGCCAGUCCGCAAGCACUUCGCUAGCGGCCCACUCAAGACGAUGUUGUCGAGCAUCAAGAAGCUCAAUGUAUCUCCGACGCCCGAUAGCGACAAGCUGACCAGUCUGUCGUUGCCCGGAUUUCCGGAGGCUAGUAAAGAGUGGAAGGCGUCAUUGUUGUCUCUUGAGGAGCGCUUUGCCAUGGCGCGCUCCGUUGGUGAGGAAUGCAUUCAGGAGAGUGAACUGCAAGCGCUGAUGGAGAAGAAAGAUCACCCUGUGUGCUACGAUGGCUUUGAGCCGUCAGGGCGUAUGCACAUUGCCCAGGGCGUUUUACGCACGGUGAACGUGAACAAGCUUACGUCAGCAGGCUGUGUGUUCCGCUUCUGGGUGGCGGAUUGGUUUGCUAUGCUGAACAACAAGAUGGGUGGCGACUUGGACAAAAUCCGACUCGUGGGUCAGUACAUGGUAGAGAUUUGGAAGUCGGUAGGGAUGGACAUGGCCAACGUGGAGUUUUUGUGGGCGUCGAAGGAGAUCAUUUCACACAGUGCUUCGUACUGGUUGCGUGUGAUGGACAUUGCUCGCCGCACCACCAUUGCUCGCACGCUGAAGUGCUGUACGAUCAUGGGCCGCAAGGAAAAAGAAGGCAUGCAGGCUGCGCAGAUCCUCUACCCGCUGAUGCAGUGCGCUGACAUUUUCAACGUGAAAGCUGAUAUUUGCCAGCUGGGAAUUGACCAGCGCAAGAUCAACAUGCUUGCUCGCGACUAUUGCGACCAGGCAAAGAUCCGCUUCAAGCCUGUCAUUCUGAGCCACCACAUGCUCAUGGGCCUCAAGGAGGGUCAGGAGAAGAUGUCGAAGAGCGACCCAGAGUCGGCCAUUUUUAUGGAAGAUGCGUCGGGCGACGUGAGCCGUAAGAUCGAGAACGCCUUUUGCCCGGAGGGGGUUGUGGCGGCGAAUCCGAUUCUGGAUUACAUGAAGCACAUUAUCUGUCCGCGCUUUGGUGCCCAAGGCGUGAGAGUGAAGCUCAUGGACGCGACGGAGGAGACGUUUGCAAGUUAUCAGGAGCUUGAAGACGCCUUUGUUGCGCGUCAAAUCAGUGGCACCGAUCUCAAAGUGGCACUGGCCAAGUAUCUGAACGAAAUUCUGGAACCUGUCCGCGAGCACUUUUCAAGGGGUGACGCCCAAGAGUUGUUGGCCAAAGUGCGGUCGUUUCGCAUCACUAGGUGA